CGGACUCCCCUCGCUUCCGCAUUCUCUCGGAGCACUUCCGGACGCGGCAGGAAGUGGCGGUAGUCAUGGUAACGGUGUGUACACCCACCUGCCUCAGCUUCGCCCCGGUGCCUGCGGCGCUGGGGGACCCGCAGCGACAGGAGCAGGCGGUGGCGGGAAAAGCGGCCGCUCCCGGUUUCCCCACAGGCCAUUAUCUGUAUUAGUUGUUACAAUGAGUGCAAAAGAAAGGAAAGUACGUGCAUUUGUGCGAGUCAAGCCAACAGCUAAUUUUCCUCAAGACAUGAUCAAGUAUGGGCCAGACAACAAGAGCAUAGAUAUUUACAUCAGGAGAGAUGUUAAGAAAGGAGUCGUCAAUAACAAGCAGACUGAUUGGUCCUUUAAACUGGAUGGUGUUCUUCACAAUGCCUCACAGGAUUCGGUUUAUGAUGCAGUAGCUAGGGACUUGGUAUCCCAAGCUCUGGAUGGCUAUAAUGGCACUAUAAUGUGCUAUGGGCAAACAGGAGCUGGUAAAACAUACACCAUGACAGGAGCAACUGAAAACUACAAGCAUAGAGGAAUCAUACCCCGAGCUAUACAGCAGGUGUUCAGGGCAGUUGAAGAACGCAUCGAUCAGUCCAUCACUGUCCGAAUGUCCUACCUGGAAAUCUACAACGAGACUCUCUUCGACCUUCUCUCCACUAUGCCUCAUGACAUGUCCGGUGACACUCACAUGGCUGUAGUGGAGUACCCACAGGGUGUCUUUGUGAAGGGCUUAUCUAUGCAUCCAGCCAGCCAUGAGGAAGAUGCUUUAAAUCUCCUGUUUGAGGGUGAGACCAACAGAAUAAUAGGUGAACAUACUCUGAAUAAAAAUUCAUCCAGGUCCCAUUGCAUAUUCACUAUCUAUAUUGAGUCUCAUUCCAGAAUUUUGUCAGAUGCCAAAUACACUGCUUCAAAAAUUAACCUAGUGGAUCUGGCAGGUUCAGAGAGACUGGGGAAGACUGGGUCCGAGGGGCAGGUUCUGAAAGAAGCCACAUAUAUCAACAAAUCGUUGUCAUUCCUUGAGCAAGCGAUCAUUGCACUGGCUGAUCGUAAGAGGGACCACGUCCCCUUCCGGCAGAGCAAGCUCACCCAUGCCCUUAAGGAUUCAUUAGGGGGAAACUGCAAUACAGUCCUGGUGGCAAAUAUCUAUGGUGAAGCUGCUCAGAUAGAGGAGACUCUGUCCUCUCUCCGUUUUGCUACCAGAAUGAAAUGGGUCACAACGGAGCCAGCCAUCAAUGAGAAAUACGACCCAGAGCGGAUGGUCAAGAAUCUGGAGAAGGAGAUUGUUCUUCUGAAGCAGGAACUAGCCAUGCAUGACAGCUUGGUCAACCGCUCUCUGGUGAAUUAUGACCCUCUGAAUGAAAUCCAGAUAGCAGAGAUUAACUCUCAAGUCCGCAGGUACCUAGAAGGAGCCACAGACGAUAUUGAUAUAAUGAACAUCAGGCAAAUCCAAGAGGUAUUUAACCAGUUCAAAGUGAUUUUAAGCCAACAGGAACAGGAAGUGGAAGCCAGACUACGAAACAAAUACACCCUGAUAGACAAAAGUGACUUUGCAGCCAUUACUGCUGCUCAGAAGGCAGGCCUGGUUGAUGCAGAGGGCCAUCUAGUGGGGGAAGUGGAUGGACAGGGCUUCGGGAUUGGAGUUGUUCCUUUAUCCAAACCCGGCGGGAAGAAAGUUAAAGCCAAGAAAGCCAAAGAGCAGCUUAGCCCCACUACCAGGAAGGAAGGAUUAGGAAGCCCUGUUUCGGGGAAAGAUCUGGAUUCUAUUUCCCCAUCAAGGAGUCAGCUGGUAAGUUCCGCAAAGGAUUUGGAUGUGAAGGAGGGACUACUACGGGAGCAGGAUGCAGCUAGUAUUGAAACACAUCGCUCGGAGUCAGUGCCCAAGGAGGAGUCCCACCGACCGAGUUCCCCUCCCUCUAAGCUGGUGGCAUUUGAGGAGUUUAAAAACGAGCGAGGAAGUGAGAUCAACCGGAUCUUUAAGGAGAACAAAGCCAUCCUCAGCGACAGGAAGAAGAAAGCGAGCGAGAUCACCCACAGACUGAAUCUAAUAAAACAGGAGAUGGACAUCACCAAACAGGCCCUCGGGGCCCAGAAGAAGGAGAGGGAGGAGCAGGGGGAGUAUGUGAAUGAGGAAGGACAGAUCAUAAUUGACGAGGAGGAAUUUUUACUGGUCAUGAAACUUAAGGAUCUGAAGAAACAGUACAGGUCUGAUUUCGAUGAACUGCGGGACCUGAAAGCAGAAGUCCAAUACUGUCAGCAUCUGGUGGAUCAGUGCCGCAACAGACUAAUCUCAGAAUUUGAAAUCUGGUACAAUGAGUCCUUCCUUAUCCCUGAGGAUGUGCAGGAAGCGAUAAAGCCUGGAGGCAACAUCAGACCUGGAAUGAUUCCCAUGAACAGAGUCCUAUGUCUUGAUGAAGAUGAGCAGGAGCGGUUUGAUCGGCUGCAGGGGGAAGUGCUGCCAGCCUGUCCAGAUUCCACCUCUUUCUACAAUGCCAAAAUGAAGACUGAUCAGAAGCACAAGUACUUUAGAGCCAUGGCUGCCCUCCAGCAAAUGCACAAGAAACCUGGACUCAUCACAGCUACGGUGAAGAACAAACCCCCAGCGGCGCUCCAUGUCGUAUAGCAGGUGCAGGCCAGAGCCAGUUGCGUUGUGUUCUAUACAAGGAAAUGGACAAACUGACCUCAGAAAACUGUCAGCAUUGAUUUCCACAGGAGACUUCUCAACAAAUAAAACUGGGCUCGUGACAA